AUGGCGCUCCGUUUUCUUAAGCCCUUUUCGCGGCUAACCACCGCUUCUGCGCCAACAGUAACUAUUUUUCACAAGCCUUCAUCCACACUUUCCAACCACUUGCUUUCUAGGCUUGCCUCCAACUCACGCUACUCCUUGGAUGUUCGCACCAACAGGUUGCCUCUGUACCUCACCUACCGUUUUGUACACGAGGAAUGCAUCAACAUACAUCCGCAGAACGCCAAGGCUUUUGAAGCGAUCUUCCCAAACUUGCUUGCGACAAACCAUCUGUUCUGUGACCAUCAGGUGAAGAAUAAUUCAAAGCGGAAGCAGUUUGUCGCAGAUUUGGUGUUGGAGUCCGAAAGUGGAUACCUUGACAAGAUUGCCAAUCACACUGUGGACGACUUGACACCAUUCAUCGUGGACUGGGAAAACCGGUUAAUUGCCACAGACGACGAGGGCUUGGAUCGAAUCAUGCAAAACUACUUCUCGUGCGGGACGCAGAAGAGCAGAAUGGAACAUAUAGACGUGGCGGGACAACCAGAGACGAGAAAACAGGCUCGCUCUGAUGCAAUUGCUGUCCACCCUCACAUAGCAGAGUUUGCCGACCUCUUUUGA